CCUGAAGUCCUGGACCCGACAGUAGAAGGAGCUCGAGAGACCUGGGACGCCGCCAGUGCCUCUUUGCCCGGUGGUGCAAUCCCUGGCUGGUCAUCGCUUUCUGGGUUAGUCAGUUGUGACGAGUGGGUUGUGGGUUCGGAGUCUGUCUGAAGGAGGGCUCCAAACCAUCGUGAUCAGUUAUUAUCAGACCCAUCCAGUAAGUGGUCCCGAGUCUGAGACUCAGCGAGGGACGAAAAAUGCCAUUGAGAUCUAAAGUGCAGAUUAGACAUGCCAAGCAUUUGGGAAAGCCCAAGAGAGUGGAAGAGUCCCAGCUCUCUCUGAGUUGAGGGAAGGAUGCGCCCUGGUCUGAGGACCCGAGGCGGGCAGUUUGUGCGCAGGUUAAGGCGGUGACACUCCCGGAACGCACUACCUCCCUUUCAGAGAAGCGCAUCACAGGCCUGCUGGAGGAGCUGAACUUGAAGUAGGCGCACAAACCGCACCCCUAGCGCUGAGGGCGGCAGCACGGGACAACUGAGUACACAGAACAGACACUUAAGGGACAGACGAUGGGAAUUGUCCUUACCGAGCCCGGGAGCUAGAUUUCCCACACUCGGAGGGGCUCUCGGGAGGUUGGAACCCUGGGAGGUGCCCAGGCUGCAGCGACUGAAGGUUCGGUAGGAAGCAGAGAGGCUGCGCGGAGCCUAUGCUGAAAACCUGCCAGACACCCCAGAGAAAGCCUGUGGGACCCGAGCAGACUGAAAUGCGGAUGCGGCAGAUGUGCGGUGGAAGUGAGACCCAGGGCUCUAUCCCAAGCCAGCAGGGUGGCCGAGGCUCCAAUGCCUGCUGCUUUUGCUGGUGCUGCUGCUGCAGCUGUUCUUGCCUCACUGUCAGAAACCAAGAAGACCAGAGACCCCAAAGAGGUUCCCACGAACUCAGAACAGACAUUCCAGCAUGUGAAGAAAGCCCCACGCCCACUCUGGAAGAAGUCUGUGCCUGGGCCCAGUCUUUUGAUAACCUGAUGGUCACUCCAGCUGGAAGAAAUGCAUUCCGGGAAUUUCUUCGAACAGAAUUCAGUGAAGAAAACAUGCUUUUCUGGAUGGCCUGUGAAGAACUGAAAAGGGAAGCUAAUAAAAGUACUAUUGAGGAGAAAGCAAGGAUAAUAUAUGAAGACUACAUUUCUAUUCUUUCUCCUAAAGAGGUCAGCUUGGACUCCCGAGUACGAGAGGUUAUCAACAGAAACAUGGUGGAUCCAUCCCAACACAUAUUCGAUGAUGCUCAACUGCAGAUCUACACUCUAAUGCACAGAGACUCCUAUCCCCGCUUCAUGAACUCCACAGUCUAUAAGGAUUUGCUUAAGUCCUUAGCUGAGAAAACGGUUGAAGCAUAGGUGGUUUCAAAUAUAUUUAUUAUUAACAAAACAAGAAAAUAACUCAUGGACUACAUCUAGCACAGGGAAUUUAGAGAUAGGAUGUCUUGUGCUACAGUGAUUCUUGGACUGUUGUAAUAACAGAUUCUUCCUCCGCAGAAAGAUAGAGAUUCACAAUGCAAACUGCAGCUGACUUUAAGUGAUACUUAUCAGAAAAAAAAGGGGUUGGGGUAUGACUGCCUUAGAAAGAUAGUGUGCUCACAUUCACAUAACAGUAGCAUGUUCUCAAGGGCAGGGCAUGCCCUAGCUUCUGUUCUGCCUGCAGCAUAGAUGUACAAAGAGCAAAUGGGAACCUUUUGUUUUGCAUGAGUUCAGUACUGUAUUAUCCUCCUACAGCAUUCAAAACUUUUCCUAUUAACCCUUUAUUCAGUCUGAACGCUUCUCUUGGCACCAUGCCAGGACUGAGAGUCAUAGUUCACAAAGAUGUGACUAUUCCUUGUAAAAAUGGAAUAUAUCUCCCUCUCCCUCUCUCUCUCUCCCUCUCUCUCUCUCCCUCUUCCCCUCUUCCCCCCUCUCUCUCUGUCUUUCUCUCUCUCCCUCUCUCUCUCUCCCCCUGUGUUGUGUGUGUGGGGGGCAUGCAUGCAUCUGAACGUGUGUGUGUGUGUGUGUGUGUGUGUGUGUGUUAUGGUUGGUGGAAUACACCAUGCUCUCAGUGGGUCACUUGGUGUGAAGCAACAGUUAAGUGAAAGGGUGACUGUAUUAUCAGAAUCUAUCAAGCUGAAGAGUGAACUUUGAAGUUCGUAGCUUGUCAUGUUCACAAUUCCUCAAAUAAAGAUAUUUUAAUUUUUAUUGAAA